AUGGAGCCGCGGCCGCGCUCGGAGCACGGACUGUCGCCAGCGGCGAGUCCGAAGCUGUCGUCCCGUGGGCGCCCGGCGACGACGCCGAAGCUCCGCAUCCAUAAGAUCUUGUCGCUGCCCCAGAAAGCAACGACACCGCCGCCCGAGACGCCGCCAAACGACGGGCCGCAAGUGUUCUUUAUGACCAACCUACCCGACUCGCCGCCCAAACCGACCGACGCGUCCGAGAGCAGCGACGACAUGGAAAAUACAAGGACUUCAAUGGCUCUGCCCAGCAUCGAAAUGCUGGCGGCGAGCCAGCAACCGCGUCGCUCCGAGCUCGACAGCGCGCGUGCCGAGCCCCGUGCGAUGGCUGACGCCAUGCCUGAAGACGACGACGAGAACGGGUCGGAGGCAAGCGCUCCGAACCAAAUCGAGUGCCAUGCAGAUAUCGAGAACGACGAGAUGCAAGAGACCGAGGUCGAUGGCGGCGGCUACUACGCGCAGUGGCGCCAGCAAAUGGCGAGUGCCGAGGCGGCACGGGCAGCGCUCGAGGCCGACUUGCGACAGUACGUCGACUCGCUGCACGCCAAAGCCGACGACGCGGGCGAGGCGAUCGUGGCGUUCCCAGACAACUACAACGACGUCGUGGCCCUUAUGACGAGCAAAGACGUGCACGAUACGUCGGCGACGCCGUGGACGAGAGCGCUGCUGCACGAUGGCCUCGCGCGCACGCACGCUUUCGGAAGCAUUCCAGGCGAGGACGCGCCGUCCGAGCUCAACAUGAAGAUUGCCAAGGGGAUUGCACUCAUUCGGAAAAACGACCUGAUCCUCGAGGGCCUGAAUGAGACACUCAAAGGCUCGUGCAGUGCCAAACCGUUCCUGUCGCAGCCAACCAUUGCAAAACGCACCACGAGCGCCCAGCGGAUCAAAGACCAGGUCGAAGCCGCCAAGAGCUACGACGCCACCGACUUUGUGGCGAGAAACAAGGAAAUGAAGCUCGCGGGCAAGCACCUCACGCGGACCGAAGAGGCGCGCGUGGCGGCGCUUCUGAUCGACGACGCACCCACUAAUGAGCCCGAGCCGCCGCGCCUGGCGUUUGCAGCACCAGACGAAGCGCGCUUGGCCGCACUCGACGCGACGCUCGAGACGAUGCUGGCGACGCGCAAGGCGGACCCGAACGUGGUAUUGCGCGGCGCCGUCGUGAUCCCACCGGCGUGGGCGGGCGGCGACGAGCGCUACGCGAAGGACCGACUUGCAACCAUUGAUGCAACGCUCCAAGGGUUCCACGACGAAGAGAAUGGCGUUGACGACGACUGCAUCUCGUUCCGCAGUGGCAGCAGUCGGCACACGAGUAUCUACUCGUUGGCGAGCACAAGCGCAUCGAGCCGCACGGUCACCAAGCGGCAGCUGCACGACAUCACCAAAAGCGCCAAAGAUGAAGUCACGGAGAAGGCGCCUGCGGCGGCGAUCCAGCAGCUGCUCUCAUCCCUCUCUGGUAUUACCAUCGAAAUCCUCGACGACGACGACGACGAGGAUGUCGAGAACGGCGCGACGGCGCCCGACGAGCCGCCACCCGCCAGUGCCACGGUGCAGCCGCACAAGCCUAAGUACGAGAGCCGGCCUUCGAUCGCUGGGCGAAGGAAAGGUCACGUCGGCCCAGCGGCAUCCGCGGUGGCCAAAGCAUCGUUCGCGCACCUUUUUACGCUUCCGUUCGAAGCCCACGGCCACCGCAAGGUCGUGACGACCACAUCGCACCGGUAG